UUCGUCGAUCGGCGCUCAUACUGUUCAAUAGUUUUUUGUCCGCCGCACUCUCAACACUUGUUUGCUCCGGAGAUCGAUCCAAAUCGUUUUUACAUUUCAGCGCAUUAUAACAAGAAGUCCGUGAUUCUAUUUGUAUUUGAUUCUAGUUAUUAUUUUUGAAUAUUCAACAUGCAGAUCUUUGUCAAGACAUUGACAGGUAAAACUAUCACUUUGGAGGUUGAGUCAUCGGAUUCAAUUGAAAAUGUAAAAGCUAAGAUCCAAGACAAAGAAGGUAUUCCACCAGACCAACAACGUUUGAUCUUUGCUGGAAAGCAACUCGAAGAUGGACGCACAUUGUCUGACUAUAACAUCCAAAAAGAAUCUACCCUUCACUUGGUAUUGCGUCUCCGUGGUGGUAUGCAAAUCUUUGUAAAGACCCUCACUGGAAAAACCAUUACAUUGGAAGUAGAAUCUUCUGAUUCUAUUGAAAAUGUUAAGGCCAAGAUCCAAGACAAAGAAGGUAUCCCACCAGACCAACAACGUUUGAUCUUUGCCGGUAAGCAACUCGAAGAUGGACGCACACUAUCAGACUACAACAUCCAAAAAGAAUCUACCCUUCACUUGGUAUUGCGUCUCCGUGGUGGUAUGCAAAUCUUCGUAAAGACCCUCACUGGAAAAACCAUAACAUUGGAAGUAGAAUCUUCUGAUUCUAUUGAAAAUGUUAAGGCCAAGAUCCAAGACAAAGAAGGUAUCCCACCAGACCAACAACGUUUGAUCUUUGCCGGUAAGCAACUCGAAGAUGGACGCACACUAUCAGACUACAACAUCCAAAAAGAAUCUACCCUUCACUUGGUAUUGCGUCUCCGUGGUGGUAUGCAAAUCUUCGUAAAGACCCUCACUGGAAAAACCAUAACAUUGGAAGUAGAAUCUUCUGAUUCCAUUGAAAAUGUUAAGGCCAAGAUCCAAGACAAAGAAGGUAUCCCACCAGACCAACAACGUUUGAUCUUUGCCGGAAAGCAACUCGAAGAUGGACGCACACUAUCAGACUACAACAUUCAAAAAGAAUCUACCCUUCACUUGGUAUUGCGUCUCCGUGGUGGUAUGCAAAUCUUCGUAAAGACCCUCACUGGAAAAACCAUUACAUUGGAAGUAGAAUCUUCUGAUUCUAUUGAAAAUGUUAAGGCCAAGAUCCAAGACAAAGAAGGUAUCCCACCAGACCAACAACGUUUGAUCUUUGCCGGAAAGCAACUCGAAGAUGGACGCACAUUGUCUGACUACAACAUCCAAAAAGAAUCUACCCUUCACUUGGUAUUGCGUCUCCGUGGUGGUAUGCAAAUCUUCGUAAAGACCCUCACUGGAAAAACCAUAACAUUGGAAGUAGAAUCUUCUGAUUCCAUUGAAAAUGUUAAGGCCAAGAUCCAAGACAAAGAAGGUAUUCCACCAGACCAACAACGUUUGAUCUUUGCCGGAAAGCAACUCGAAGAUGGACGCACAUUGUCUGACUACAACAUCCAAAAAGAAUCUACCCUUCACUUGGUAUUGCGUCUCCGUGGUGGUAUGCAAAUCUUCGUAAAGACCCUCACUGGAAAAACCAUAACAUUGGAAGUAGAAUCUUCUGAUUCCAUUGAAAAUGUUAAGGCCAAGAUCCAAGACAAAGAAGGUAUUCCACCAGACCAACAACGUUUGAUCUUUGCCGGAAAACAACUCGAAGAUGGACGCACAUUGUCUGACUACAACAUCCAAAAAGAAUCUACCCUUCACUUGGUGUUGCGUCUCCGUGGUGGAUCUCAAUAAUUUUAACUUGAUUUAAUCAUUCUAGUUUAUUCAAAAUGUGAACCAAAACUGUUUUCAAAAUUUUAAAUAUUCCUAAUGCCAAAGCAUUUUUUUUUUUUUUUAUUGCAGUUUCAUCACUUCUAUUAUAACACAACAUGAAAUAUGAAAGUCAAUAAAUAAAAAUAAUUUUACUAUUCAA